CGACUCAUCAGCUCGACGAGCACACGAGAGCCAGCCAACACACACCAAGGAAGCACAACAUGCAUCCAUGUCGGGACCUCCACCUCAUCGUCUCGGCGGCCCUCCUAUUCUUCUCCACCUCCGUCCUCCUUUCGGCCGUCCCGGCGGCGAGAGCCCAGCAGGAAACAGACCACGAGGAGGAGUUCAGCUACUCGCUGGACGCCGAGAACGGGCCGGCGCACUGGGGCGAGAUCAAGGAGGAGUGGUCGGCGUGCGGCAACGGGGAGAUGCAGUCGCCCAUCGACCUCGCCAGCCAGCGCGUCUCCCUGGUGCGCCGCCUCGGCCACCUCAACCACUCCUACGCCCCCGCCAACGCAUCCAUCGUCAACCGCGGCCACGACAUCAUGGUGCGGUUCGAGGGCGACGCAGGGAGCGUGUCCAUCGACGGCACGGCGUACCACCUCCGGCAGCUGCACUGGCACGCGCCAACGGAGCACAGCGUGAACGGCCGCCGGUACGACAUGGAGCUGCACAUGGUGCACGAGAGCGCCCACAACAAGGCCGCCGUCAUCGGCGUCUUCUACGAGAUCGGCGCCCACGACGCCUUCCUGCACAAGCUGGAGCCAUACCUGGAGAUGAUCGCGAAGCAGCCGGAGAGGGAGGAGAAGGUGGGGGUGGUAGACGCCAGGGGCGCGAGGGGCAGGGCCAGCGUGUACUACCGCUACGUGGGCUCCCUCACCACCCCGCCAUGCACCCAAGGGGUCAUCUGGACCAUCGUCAAGCGGGUUCGUACCGUGUCGCGGCAUCAGCUAGAGCUUCUCCGAGAGGCAGUCCACGAUGAAAUGGAGAAGAACGCGAGGCCGCGUCAGGAGGUGAACAGCAGAGACAUCACCAUGUUCUGGCCUAUCCAGCAGAAUAAACACUGAUAUUAUUAUCAGUUUAUCGCAGUGGGUUCUCUGCUUAAUUGGAGUUUGAUAGUACGUACUUCAACAGCCUGAGAGAUGGAUUAGGCCGGUUGCGCAUUGUCUACCUACAUGUGGUUAUAGAACUGCAAUUUGGUUCGUUUUCUAUCUGUACAUUUCGAUGCCUUGUAGAGUAUACGGCAACUGAAUAAAGGAGCAUGACUAGUUCGUGUCCGUGCACAUAUGUUGAUGUUGGGUUGGGUCCUACUUCAACAUGAUUGUUGUUGGGUACUCGAUAGCUCCUCCAACUGCCACUACCAUUAAAAAUGAGAAA